UGUUAAUAUAAAAUCGAAGUGUAUACAGUAUUACAGUACCAAGUACUUUUUUCGCCAAUGCUGCGUCCACAUUUUCAGGUCCAGAAUUCUGUUCUUCCUUAAAAUUCAAAAAUUUUGAGAACGUUUUUGAAACAAGCAACUUCAAAAUGCAUUUGUUCGUACGCGGUCAAAAUGUCCAUGCUUUGGAAUGUCAAGGAUUUGAGAAUAUUUCACAGAUCAAGAACAAAUUAGCUGCUUUGGAAGAUAUUGAAGAAAAUUUGAUUUCAUUGUACAAUCAAGGUCAACCACUUAAUGACAAUCAAAUUGUUGGAGAAUUAAACAACUUCAAUAUUGAUUUCAUCGUUCCAUUGCUGGGAGGAAAGGUUCACGGAUCCCUGGCUCGUGCUGGUAAAGUUAAGGGACAAACCCCAAAAGUUGAGAAAGUUGAAAAGAAAAAGAAGAAGAAGACUGGACGAUCAAAGAGACGUAUUCAGUACAAUAGGCGUUUCGUAAAUGUUGUUCAGACUUUCGGACGCAGGAGAGGGCCAAAUGCCAACUCUUAAAUUGUUUUGCUCUUUAUAUACAUAAAAUAAAUAAUGUGGUAACAUUUUGGGA